GUUAGGUACAGCGCCUACAGUAGCAGCGCAAGCACCACCUGUACAGUACCUGUAUCUGGAUUAAGCUUCUGUCCACCACCACAUUGGGACAAAAAUUGUAGCAGCCCCGGCCGAUGAUCCCGCCUUUAUUUUCGGGGCCGCCACUACCAUCCAACAAGUCUCUAUAUUCAUCCAUUAAUAUUAUUGUAAUACACUUGCCUCAUCUAUCUAUUUAGCUUAUUUUUGUUCCUUUUUAUUGUCACCCUCUUCGUAAGCACUUCACGCUAAUGGCCUCAUUGGCCGGUUCAGCCACCACUACCACGGUAGUACGGCCCGCCCCUCUGCUGGCCAGCGUGAUGCGCAUUCGUCAUAGCCGUUCCGUCAUCGCUAUCAACGCCUCCUCCACGCUUCCAUCUCGACAUCUAUCAUUCACCUCAGCUUCCAACAUGCCUUCUUACAUCAUUGCCUGCAACGACGACGCCAGCGACGACCAGGUCAAGGCUGUCAAGCAAAAGGUCAUUGACCAGGGCGGCAAGAUCGGUCACGAAUACACCAUCAUCAAGGGCUUCUCUGCUGAAUUUGACGACAACCAUGUCCAGACUUUCGAGGCCCAUGAGCAUGUCAAGUACGUCGAGAAGGAUGGCGUCGUCAGCACGCAAUAAGUGCCCGAAUCUGCACAACACUGCAUCUACAUCAGUUUGGAUAGCGCAUCAGCAUGACGUGUUUAAAUAGUAAAUAUAUACAGCCAAGGUCUUUAAUUCCUU